AUGACUUCUCAAAUUCCCCAAAAGCGCAUCUUCUUGACCGGAGCCAGUGGCUACGUAGGCUCAGUCAUAACAGAGCUCGCACUCCAAGAUGGCUACCAAAUUCACGGUCUCUCCCGCAACGAUUCCAGCGACUCGAAGCUCCGCAACCUCGGCGCCGUGCCCAUAAGAGGCGAUCUCACCUCUCUAGACGUCCUCCGCCACGAAAGCCAAGAAGCAGAUAUUGUCAUCCACCUAGCCACAGCCUACGUAUUCGGCGGCGAGCCAUACGAGACCUUCAGACCUAUCGACACUGCAGCCGUCGACGCCAUCGCCGACGCUCUAGCCGGCACCGACAAGCCCCUCGUCGUGACGUCCGGCACGCUCUGCGUCGCGGCGGAUCCCACCGGUGCAGAGACUACCGAGGCAUCACUCGCGGACCCGGAACCCAUCAACACCCGUAUCUUGACCGAACUGCACUCUCUGGAUCUCGUAAAGAGGAGGAUUCGCGUCAUGUCAAUCCGACUGGCGCCCUACGUCUAUGGCCGAAGCGGGAGUGGCAUCGCGCAGUUCAUGGGCAUCGCGGCUCAGACUGGUGGGGUGACGAUCGUCGACGGCGGGAAGAAUCGUACGACCAAUGUGCACGUUGACGAUGCGGCGCGACUCUUCCUCCUAGCCGCGGAGAAGGGACGGGCAGGAGAGAUUUACAACGCCAGCUCGGCGACAGAUGUGACCUCCUUCCAGAUCUCCGAGGCCAUUUCUGCAGCUGUUCAGGUUCCGCUGAGAGAUAUCAGCAUGGAGGUCGCAAAGACGCAGCUGGGGCAAACUAUUUCCUUCUUCCUGUCCGUUGAGAACAGGGCGUCUGGUGCAAAGGCCAAGAAAGAGCUGGGCUGGGACCCGCGAGGUCUGGGCAUCUUGGAAGACAUCAGCAAGGGUUCUUACGUGGAAGUUGCCAAGGCCCUCAGGAAGUAG